AUGGCUCGGGGCGGGGCGGGGGCGGACGAGGCCUCCCUGCGCUCGAACGCCUUGUCCUGGCUGGCCUGUGGGCUGCUGGCGCUGCUGGCCAACGCCUGGAUCAUCCUCAGCAUCUCAGCCAAGCAGCAGAAACACAAGCCGCUGGAGCUGCUGCUUUGCUUCCUGGCCGGCACCCACAUCCUCAUGGCGGCUGUGCCCCUCACCACCUUCGCCGUGGUGCAGCUACGGCGCCAGGCGUCCUCCGACUAUGACUGGAACGAGAGCAUCUGCAAGGUCUUUGUGUCCACCUACUACACGCUGGCCCUGGCCACCUGCUUCACGGUCGCCUCGCUCUCCUACCACCGUAUGUGGAUGGUGCGUUGGCCCGUCAACUACCGCCUCAGCAAUGCCAAGAAGCAGGCGCUGCAUGCUGUCAUGGGCAUCUGGAUGGUCAGCUUCAUCCUCUCCACGCUGCCCUCCAUCGGCUGGCACAACAAUGGCGAGCGCUACUACGCCCGUGGCUGCCAGUUCAUAGUCUCCAAGAUCGGCCUCGGCUUUGGCGUCUGCUUCAGCCUCUUGCUCCUUGGGGGCAUUGUCAUGGGGCUGGUCUGUGUGGCCAUCACUUUCUACCAGACCCUGUGGGCCCGGCCCCGGAGGGCUCGACAGGCCCGGAGAGCGGGGGGUGGGUGGGGGGCCAAGGGGGGUGGGCCAGGGGGGCUGGGUACCCGGCCAGCCUUUGAAGUGCCAGCCAUUGUGGUGGAGGAUGCCCGAGGGAAGCGGCGGUCCUCGCUGGACGGCUCCGAGUCCGCCAAGACAUCACUGCAGGUUACCAACUUGGUCAGCGCCAUCGUCUUUCUCUAUGACUCGCUCACAGGGGUGCCCAUCUUGGUGGUGAGCUUCUUCUCCCUUAAGUCGGACUCUGCUCCCCCGUGGAUGGUGCUGGCUGUGCUCUGGUGCUCCAUGGCACAGACGCUGCUGCUGCCCUCCUUCAUCUGGUCCUGCGAGCGCUACCGCGCCGACGUGCGCACGGUGUGGGAGCAGUGUGUGGCCAUGAUGUCCGAGGAGGACGGCGAUGACGAUGGGGGCUGUGAUGACUACGCAGAUAGCCGACUGUGCAAAGUUCGCUUUGAUGCCAAUGGGGCCACGGCAUCGGGGGGCCGGGACCCCACCCAGGUGAAGCUGCUACCUGGAAGGCAUAUGCUCUUUCCACCUCUCGAGAGGAUCCACUACUUACAGGUCCCUCUGUCCCGCCGUCUGUCCCACGAUGAGACCAACAUCUUCUCCACCCCUCGGGCACCAGGCUCCUUCCUGCACAAGUGGUCAUCCUCCGAUGACAUCCGGGUCCUCCCGGCCCAGAGCAGGGCCCUCGGGGGCCCUCCUGAGUACCCGGGACGCUGCCGCAGGCUGGAGGAGGAAGAGGAUGAGGAGGAGGCUGAAGGUGGGGGGCUGGCCAGCCUCCGCCAGUUCCUGGAGAGUGGGGUUCUGGGGGCAGGUGGGGGAUCUCCAUGGGGUCCUGGCUUCUUCCGGGAGGAGAUCACCACCUUCAUCGAUGAGACACCUCUGCCUUCUCCGACUGCCUCACCAGGGCCUUCUCCUCGUCGGCCCAGGCCGCUGGGCUUGUCUCCCCGCCGACUCUCCCUUGGGUCCCCUGAUAGUGGAGCCGUCGGACUUCCUUUGGGGCUAAGUGCAGGGAGACGCUGCUCCUUGACAGGGGGCGAGGGGAGUACAAGGGCUUGGGGAGGAUCCUGGGGUCCAGGUAACCCCAUCUUCCCCCAGCUGACCCUGUGAGCCCAAGUGGGCCUGCAAACUCAGAGGAGGGGGCCUGGGUGGGUAACACCUCCUUCUGGCCCUCAGCCUAGGGCAGCUGCCUCCAGACUCUGGGGUGAUGGGCCCUGGAUCUGGGGCCCUGGGGCCUCUGCUAUCUCCCAUCCAAGCGACCAGAUGCCCUUUUCACCUUCUAUCAUCCCUAGCAAAAUGUAUUAAAGUCUGAAGUGUUAC